AUGGGAAAAGGAGAUCCUAAGAAGCUGAGAAGCAAAAUGUCAUCAUAUGCAUUCUUUGUGCAAACUUGUCGGGAGGAGCACAAGAAGAAGCACCCAGAUGCUUCAGUCAACUUCUUAGAGUUUUCUAAGAAGUGCUCAGAGAGGUGGAAGACCAUGUCUGCUAAAGAGAAAGGAAAAUUUGAAGAUACGGCAAAGGCGGACAAGGCCUGUUAUGAAAGAGAAAUGAAAACCUAUAUCCCUCCUAAAGGGGAAACAAAAGAGAAGUUCAAGGAUCCCAAUGCACCAAAGAGGCCUCCUUCGGCCUUCUUUUUGUUCUGUUCUGAGUAUUGCCCCAAAAUCAAAGGAGAACAUCUCGGCCUAUCCAUUGGUGAUGUUGCAAAGAAGCUGGGAGAGAUGUGGAAUUACACUGCUGCGGAGGACAAGCACCCUGAUGAAAAGAAGUCUGCAAAGCUGAAGGAAAAAUAUGAAAAGGAUAUUGCUGCAUACGAAGCUAAAGGAAAGCCUGGAUGCAGCGAAAAAGGGAGUCGUCAAGGCUGAAAAAACAAGAAAAAGAAGGAAGAGUAGGAAGAUGAAGAUGAAGAUGAAGAUGAAAAUGAUAAUGAAUAAGUUGGUUCUAGCACAGUUUUUUUUCUUGUCUAUAACACAUUUAACCCCCCUGUACACAACUCCUUUUAAAGAAAAAAAUUAAAAUGUAGGGCUGUGUAAGAUUUGUCUUUAAAUUGUACAGUGUCUUUUUUUGUAUAGUUAACACACUACCGAAUGUGUCUUUAGAUAGCCCUGUCCUGGUGGUAUUUUCAACAGCCACUAACCUUGCCUGGUACAGUCUGGGGAUUGUAAAUUGGUAUGGAAAUUUAAAGCAGGUUCUUGUUGGUGCACAGCACAAAUUAGUUAUAUAUGGGGAUGGUAGUUUUUCAU